AUGGCUACAAAUACAAACGCCAAUGCUCUGCCCCUCAAUGGCCGAGUAGCGAUAGUCACCGGAGCUUCCCGCGGGAUCGGCCGUGCAGUUGCUAUUCACCUCCGCUCCCUCGGCGCCAAGCUCGUUAUCAACUACUCUUCCAAUUCCAGCCCAGCCGAUCUACUGGUUUCCGAGCUCAAUUCCGGCGCCGAUCCGGUCUCCAUCUCCGUCAAAGCCGACGUAUCGAACCCGGACGACGUCAAAUUGCUCUUCGAUCGAGCAGAGCAGGCCUUCAACACCGCGGCUCACAUCCUCGUAAACUGCGCCGGGGUUCUAGAUCCGAAAUACCCAGCCCUAGCCGACACGGCGGUCGAGGUCUGGGAUGCGACUUUCGGCGUGAAUGCCAAGGGCGCGUUUCUAACCUGCCGCGAGGCGGCGAACCGAUUGGCUCGAGGCGGCGGCGGGAGGAUUGUCCUGGUAUCGACCUCGGUUGUGGGGUCGACGCUGCCUGGAUACGCGGCGUACGCGGCAUCGAAGGCGGCGGUGGAAACGAUGGCAAAGAUCGCAGCAAAGGAGCUGAAGGGGAGUGGGAUAACGGUGAAUUGUGUGGCGCCGGGGCCGGUGGCGACGGAGCUGUUCUUUGCGGGGAAGACCGAUGAUGUUGUGCAGAGGAUGGUGGAGGGGUGUCCGAUGGGCCGAUUGGGAGAGCCCAAUGAUGUGGCCGAGUUAAUUGGGUUCUUAGUUACUGAUGGUGGGGAGUGGGUUAAUGGCCAGGUCAUUCGUGUCAAUGGUGGACUUGUUAUUUAA